UCUACCAAACCGUAAGCUCCGUUCACAUGCAGUUCGUCAUGAGAAACAUUCAUAUUGUUUACUACUUCGUGUUGUUUUCAACAUUUGCAUGCGAUUUUCCGCAAUAUUUCCAAAAUGAUUAUGUCGUGAAGUACGAAAGGCACUUAGUUCACUUCUACAAUGAAAAGUAUAUAAGAUACAAUCUGACUUACAGCAAAGUGAGCAAAACAAGUAGAAGACUCCUGUUUACUGUUGAUGUACUUCAAGAAAUUGGCACAAAUGCCAAGUUUGUCCUAGAAGCGCUGAAAUUUACAAGCAACGAGUACCGUAGGUUUGGAUUCCGGCACGAAGAGCACCCAUGCAGCUUCACCUUUACGGAUUCGUUUGGUUUUAGCUAUAAAAAUUCGGACACCAACUUGACUACUUGUCCCACCAAAAAAGGCACUUACUACCUGCGAGACCCCAACCUCGAUCAAAGCAGGUUUCCGCCGUUCGUUCCGAGAGGACGCUUUAUGCUCAAUGGAUGUAUAUACGUGGAUGACGCCUUACUUACAAACAUAAGCGUAUAUAUCAAAAUAGUACCAACAAAUCCUCUGGAAGUGGUCAUUAACUAAUAUUGUUUGUAUGAAUCAAUAGCACGCCUUGCAUAGCGUAUUAAAUAAACUACCGCAGUGUUUAAAUGUAA